AUGAAUUAUCUUCUACUACCCCUUCUCGUCCUUCCUUCCGUCCUCGGUGGUUGUGCACGCUUUUCUACCACCGAACGUUGGACCAUAAGAGGAAGAUAUGGGAACGAUGGUGGUUACCCUGCCGGUUACAAAUUUCUCGAAGAUGCGCCUGUAAUCCAAGCUACGGACUUUUUUACUUGCAACCAACAAACUAUCAUCCAAACGCGGCCAUGUGCUGGAAAUAUCUCUCUUUGCGGCUUGGAACCGCAAGGAUUGGCGUCAGUCACUGCGCGAUUCAGCGUCACGCCUGUAAACAAUAACGAAGAUGUUCUCAGGUCAUUUUUCGGGCUCGUUAGUGGAGCGGUAGAGGCUAAUGGGCGCGACGAGUCAUAUCCGAACAGAAAACCACCACGAUACCAAGCGUGUGGUGAAGUUGGGGGAUCCGGUCGAACGUACUGCCUUGCGGUUGGUGAUCAGGGAUGGAUUAGAUAUUCCGCACGGUAUCUGUGUGUCAAUGGAACUGCAGAGGAGUGCACGGAUGGACCGUUUGAGAGCGGGACAAAGUUGGUAGUCUGUGGAGUUGACGGGGAGUUCCCGAAUGGGGACCUUAGCUUUGAAUCAAAUCGCACAGCAGAAACUGCCCCGAACUAUAUGGCCAGUGAUAUGAAUCCAGCCCUCAAUAGUAGUUUGACAUGUGGAGCUUCAAUGUCUGAACUCAAGGGAUGGUCAUUUGGGUUUAUGGGUUUGGCAGUAAUUGCAGGGUUUAUUUUGUAG